AUGCUCUGCCGACAAAUUCGUAAAUUAUAUGUACUGGGUUGGAACCAAUCAAAGUAUGGAUUUUACGAUCUCGUUCUAACUGGAUCCCACCGUCCAAAUCUAGAUCGACUGCCAAGUGGAAUAGAUUCCACAAUCGAAGACAACGAAAUAAGGCUGGAUGGUUCAAUUCUAAAAAAGGAUGGAGCCGCCAACGAGUUGACAGCUGAAGAACGAAUUAAAAAGGUGUUUGGUGGAAGAAUAAAAGGCGAAGAUCGUGUAAGUUCUAGCCGUAUCAUGAUGGGAGAGCCACGGAUCAUCGCUGGUGUGAAGGUCCCAGAUAGACCAAUCGAACCGGACAAUUGCUGUAUGAGUGGAUGUAUAAAUUGCGUAUGGGAGAUUUACAACGACGAUAUCAAAGAUUGGGAGGCAAAAAGAAAGAUCGCUGCCAAAAAAUUGGCCGAGAAAGGCGGUGUUUGGCCUGCUGAUUUCCAUCCCCCGGUCAAGUUUUUGAAGCCUGAGAACCUCCCAGAGUCUUUCAAAGACAGUCCCGAUGUUGGUAAAGCAAAUGAUGAUGCGUGGAAUAAAGUACCUGUUGAAAUGCGAGUUUUUGCAGAGUUGGAGAAGAAGAUAAAGAGCAAAAGAACAGAAAUUGCUCUGGUCUAA